AUGUGGAUUGAAAAGGAUAUAAAAAAUAGCACACACGGAGGGUGCUUAAGUAAACAAGUGAAUAAUGACAUUGAAACAUUAAAGAAAAAUAAUACAUUUAUAUAUAAUAAUAGUAGAUUUGUAAAUGUUCAUUCGCAAUUAAAAAAUAAAAAUGAUAAUAAAAAUAAAAAGUAUAAUACAAAUGAUGAAUGUAUUGAAUAUGUAGAAAGUAACGAACAGGAGAUAAAUGGGAUUUGUACUUCUUCCUUAAUAAGAAUUCCAAAAAAUGUAAGGAAAAAUAUAUCAGAAAAAUAUUUGAAGGAUAUGAAAAAUAUCCCUACUACGAAUAAAAUUAAUCAUUUAAAUAAUAAUAAGAAUGAUAAACAGAAAGAGUAUGUUGAAGGUAUGAUAUUAGAAAAGAAUCAUACCCAAAACCAUGUGAAUAUUCUUCAUCAUAAUAAAAUGAAAGGUACUACAUUUAUAAAGGGAGAAGAAGAUUUCUUAAGUAAUACAUUUAAAAAUAAUUAUGUAAAAAAAAGAAAAGAGGUAAAUCCUUCAAAUGUGAGUACUAAUGAAAUAAUAAUAGAAGAAUCCAAAAAAAAACAAAAAAAUGUACAUAAGAAUAUUAAAAACAAUGAAUAUGAUACAAAUGAAACUUAUCUAAGGAACAAUCAUUUUGUACAAAAAACACCACAUAUUCCUAUAAAUAAAAAUAUAAGAGAUAUAAAAGAAUAUCGAGACAAAUUGAAAACUUAUGGUAAUACUCAAUAUCUAAAUAAUAUUUCUACAAAUUAUAAUGAUAGUAUCCUAAAUAAUAAAACCACCUUAUAUCAUGAAUAUAAUGAUAUAAAAAAAAAUGAUACAGAUUGUGAAGAAUGGUUUAAUACUGCAAAUAAUGAUAUGAAAUUAAAGAAAAGAAAUUAUAAUUCAUUUGAUUAUGAACAAAAUGGAAAAGACGAAAAAUAUAAUGAAAUGGUAAAAAUAAAGAAUGAUGAAAGAAAAAAAAAACACAAUCAACCGGAUAUAUCAAACAAUAAUAAUAAUAAUAAUAAUAAUAAUAAUAAUAAUAAUAACAAUAAUAAUAAUAAUAAUAAUAAUAAUAAUAAUAAUAGUAGUAGUAGUAGUAGCUGUUGUUGUUAUAAUAGCUCAAAUAAAAAGGAUUAUCUUUUAAAAAUGAAAACAUUUAUACAAAACGAUAUUCCUCAUAUUAUAAAAAAAUCUGUAGAUAUUCAUUUAUCUACUAAUAUUGAUAGGAAAAUUCAAAGUGCUAUUGAAAAAAAUAUAAUGGAUUUUAUAGAAAAUAAUUUAUUUUCUAUUAUUGAAAAGAAUGUGAAUGAUUUUAAUAGCCAUUAUAUUUAUGAUAAAAUAAAUGAUUGUAUAAAUAAUGAAAUUAAAAAAAAUAUUGAUUUAGUUUAUACAAAUGUAAAAGAUAACGUAAAUAAAAAUAUAAACGAUGAAAUAACAAAAAAUGUAGAUAAUUUAAAUAAUAGUUUAAAUAAAAAUAUUACUAAAGAAAUUGAAUACAAUAUGGAAAAAAUAUAUAUUAAAGUAAAUGAAAAUGUAGAUGAUAAAUUAAAUAAUGAAAUGUUAGAAAACAUUACAAAUGUUCAAGAAAAUAUAUUAAAAAAUAUAAAUGAAGAAUUAAAAAGAAAAAUGGAAUUAGUUAGUGAUAAUAUAAAUAAUAAAAUUAAUGAUAAUAUGAAAAAUGAAUUAAUAAAAAAUAUAAAUCUUUUAAAUAAUAAAAUUAAUGAUAAUAUAAAUAAAGAAAUGAAAAAAAAUAUACAUAUACUUAGUAGAAAUAUUGAUGUAAAUAUAAAUGACCAAAUAGAAAAAACUACACACAUUUUAUUAAAAAAAACAAGUGAUAAUUUAAACGAUGAAAUCAAAAAUAACAUACACAUUUUAGAGAAAAAUAUUGAUCUAAAUUUUAAUGAAUAUAUGGAAAAAAAUAUGAAUAAAAUAUACCAUCAAACAAAAAAUAUUAUCUUAUUUGAUGAUGAUAUUAAACAAAAUAUAUCACAUGUAACACAAGAAAAUAUAAAACAAAAUAUAACAACUCAUAUGCAACAAAAUUUAAAUGAAGUUAUUACAUAUAUUCAUGACCAUUUAUUAAAUAAGGAUAAAAAUAUAAUAGAUCAAAAUUUAAAACAAUAUAUAGAAGAAGCUAUGUCAAUAUCAAACCAAAACAUAACUAUAAAUCUAAAUCAACAAAUGGAAAAAAUAUUACACCAAAUGUAUGAACAUGUAGAUCAAAAAAAAGAAAACCAUUUUAUAGAUAUUUUUCAGAAUAUACAAAAUAAUAUUAAUCUUAAUACUGAUGAAAAUAUACAAAAAUAUAUGAACAUAUUAUAUGAAAAUCAAAAAGAAAAUAUUUUUCAUUAUAUUACACAUUUAAGUAAACAAAUGCAUUCUUCACAUUUUUAUGAACCAAUAAAGGAAGAAAUAACAAAAAUUAAUGAACACCAAUUUGAUUUGUUCAUAAAAAAAAUGGACGAAUUAUAUCAUAUUUUUAUGGAAAAAACGAAUGUACAUAUAUCAGACAUUAUACAGAAUGAAAUCAAAAUGAUAACAGAAAGAAAAAAUGUGCAAGAAGAAAAUAUUCUUUUACAAAAUACACAACAUUUACAAACUACACGGAACACAGAACAUGUUCACAAUAUAAAUGUCAUACAAAAUAUAAAAGAUAUGAUAGAAUUAAAAUAUGAACAUAUUACACAAAAUAUGAAACAAAUAGAAAAACAAAUGGAAACACAUAAUAAAAAAGAUUCAUAUAAUAAAAUAUCUGCUUGUAUUUCUACAUUUCAAAAACAAAUUAAUGAUGCUAUAGAAAAAAAUACACAAACAUUAUUAAAUAUUAACGAAUCAACUAUUAAAUAUAUGGAUCAUACCCAUUUACAAUUAAAUACAACUAUUCAUAAUAAAAUUGAAGAUAUAUAUAAAAAAAAUAUAAUAUCUGAUAAUAAUAUAAUAAAAAAUGUUAAUGAUAUUUCAUAUAAAUUAAUCGAUAAUAUAAACCAUAAGCAUGAACAAUAUAUAAAACAUAUGAAUCAUAUUUCAAAAAAUUUAAUGCAAAUACAACAUGUUCCAAAACUAAUUAAUCAACAUAUAUCUUCUAUUAUCCAAAAAAAUAUUAUAAAACGAUCAAAUCAUAUAUUUGUAUAUUUAAAAAGGUUCUUAAAAAAUAGAGACCAAAAAAUGAACUUUAUCAUAAAUAAAAUUAAUAAAAAAUUAACAUAUAAACAAAUAUACAUGGAAAAAAAAAGAAAUGAACUCAAUUUAAGGAAUCAUAUCAAUUAUAAGGUUAUAGGAAAUAUUAAAAAAGAAAACACUAAAAAAAAUCAUAUCAAAAAAAUUAUUCAAACAAGUACAAAAAGUCCAAUCCGUUUUAUUAAAAAGGAAAACUUCAAAUUAAAUCAAAAACAAAAACAAGAACAAAAACAAGAACAAAAACAAGAACAAAUGAGAAAAAGAAAAAGAAAAAUAUUAAGAAAUAGAACAGGUAUCAUUCAUCAAAUUUUAAAUAGAAAUAAAGAAAACCAAAAAGAAAAAAUCAAUAAAAAUUAUUUAAAUAAUUCUCUUAUGGUAGAUCAUAAUUUACACUUAUUCAAAUAUUAUGAUCAAAAAAAUUAUUAUACGUCUCAAAAAAGGAAACCCUUAUAUGUGGUCAAUUAUUUGAAAAAUGAAAAUAAUGAAUUGAUAGAAGUAUCUGAAUAUUUAAGAAAAACAAACAUCAAAAAAAUUACAAAAUGA